CCCAGUCUAGCCACUGGCCAGUCAGUUUGUUUCCGUGAAACAGCAGUGUCGACUUGAGGCGGACUAGACAGAAGAUAACGGUACCGGAAAUUAACAUGAAUUUUAUGAUAAUACGCAGACCACAAAGCAUCAAUCUUUCGUUAAUAAAUAAUCAUAAAUAAGUGGCUUCUGUAUCGUUCUGCGGCUUAGAUAUCAGAAAAACUGAUCUAAAAAAACAAAAUUUAUCUCUUUAUAAAGAACAGUGUUUGUGAACGCAAAACAAUGAUUGUGAAUAUUUCACUAAAGAAUAUUGGCAUACGUAGAGGAUGAACUCGCAAAGGAAAAUGAGAGUUUGUGUAGUAGGCGCAGGCGCUGCUGGAUUGUGUGCUCUUCGACAUUUUGCGGCAAAUUUAAAUGAAUUUGAAAUAGAAGCGUUCGAAAAAAUGGAAAAAAUAGGAGGAACUUGGAUUUAUAAUGAAAAAACAGGAUUUGAUGUGAAAGGUUUGCCGAUUCACUCCAGCAUGUAUCGAAAUCUCAGAACCAAUUUACCUUGCGAAAUAAUGAAUUUCCCUGAUUAUCGGAAAAUGAAAGGGGAUAAGUCUAGUACUGUAACGCAUCAACAAGUUCUAGCUUAUUUGAAAGACUACGCUAAGCAUUUUCAGCUUUGUCAAUUCAUUCAGUUUAACACGCUAGUGGAACAUGUUCAACCAGAACUAAUUGAAACUGAUAAAAAGUUUACCAUCUGGAAAGUGCAAGUUAAAAAUUUGGAAACAAACCAAGUAUUCCAGAAACAAUUUGAUGUAAUCAUUAUUUGCGCAGGACAAUACUUCGAUCCAAAUAUACCUGUCAUAGCAGGUAUAAUAACAUUUCCUGGACAAAUUUUGCAUAGUCAUUCCUACAGAAAGCCUGAAGAAUUUUCAGAAAAAUCAAUUGUAAUUCUUGGUGCUUCUGCUUCUGGUAUUGAUAUAGGUAUAGAAUUAUGUGAUAAAGCUAAACAGGUUUACUUGAGUCAUUACGGAAAGAGAAUAGUCAGUAUUUUACCAUCAAAUUUAACUCAAGUCGCAGCAAUUAACAAGGUAGAAGGAAAUUCAGUAUUUUUUGACGAUGGUAAUUCCGUAAUCGCUGAUACGAUCAUUUACUGUACAGGAUAUUCAAUAUCCUUUCCAUUUUUGGACCCAAGUUGUGGAAUAACAGUAGAUGAAAAUUACGUUUCUCCGAUUUAUCAGCAUAUGAUCAAUAUCAAAUAUCCAACCAUGUGUUUUUUUAGUUUGAAUAAUAAGAUAGUACCGUUUCCAAUGUUUCAUAUGAAGGCGCAGUAUUUUUUGGCUUUACUCAAAGGAAGAGCUAGUUUACCGUCAAAGGAAGAAAUGCUUGAAGAUUCAAAAUGUAAAACAGAGAAGAAAAGACAUGCUCAUGUUUUAGGUGCACAGCAAUGGGCUUACCAUAAUAAUUUAGCCCAAGCUGGGGGAUUCAAUCCCCUUCCACCUUUUUAUCAAGUCGGUUAUGACGCUUGGUCAAAAUUGAGAGCAUCUAAUUUAUGGCAUUAUAAGGAUUAUAAGUUAGUUAUAGCCGAUGACGAUAAAAGUGUGGAAAUAACUUUGCAACAAUAAUAAUGUCUUAUUUUGGCUGUAUUUAU